UGCGUGCGGCAGACGACUACGUCAGAUUGCGUUUCGCGUAGUGGCACGGAGUACAAAACAGAUCAGCGGUCGGACUCUCUUAUGUUGCAAUAAUUGUAUAUAUUUGGAAGGUUCUUUUUGUGCAAAGAACACAAAGCAGGAUUAGUUUCUAGUAAAUAAAAUAGAAGUGUUUACUACCGGUUUUUGGUUUUGAAAAUGCAAGAUCCAAAUGAAGAUACCGAAUGGAACGAUAUUCUCAGGAGGAAAGGUAUCAUACCCGAGAAGCAGAAAGAACAUGAAGUUACCGAGGAUCAGAUAGUAAACCUCUUGGAGAGUACGAUAGACGAGAAAACAGGACGUGCUCCAGACAGUUUAGAGGAGAAGACCUUGGACGAGUUAGAUGAGCUGGAAGACGAAGAGGACGAACGUGUUCUGGAGGAGUAUCGACGGAGGAGGAUAGCGGAGAUGAAGGAGCUGGCGAACAAAUCCAAAUACGGGGAGGUGCAAGAGAUAUCCGCGGAGGGUUACGUUAAAGAAGUUAACAAUGCCGGGGAAGACGUUUGGGUUGUUUUACACCUUUACAAAUCCGGUAUUCCACUUUGUACUCUAGUCAAUCAGCACCUUGCCAGUCUAGCGAGAAAGUUUCCUGCCACUAAGUUCUUGAAGAGCAUCUCCACCACUUGUAUCCCGAACUGGCCCGACAGAAAUCUUCCUACAAUAUUCAUCUAUCACAAUGGAAAUAUGGUGAAACAAAUUAUUGGGGCGCUCGAAUUCCGUGGCAUGAAACUGUCUGAAGCGGAAUUGGAAUGGAUGUUGGGGCAAGCAGACGCAGUACCAACGAAGAUCAAGGGGGAUCCUCGGCCCAAGAUCAAUGAUGUUUUAUUUUCAAGUUUGAAAAAUGGAAAUGAUCUUGAUGAUGAUGGUAAUGAUUGGUAAUUUUAUCAAUAUGAAGUCACUAAAAGAUUAAUACGUAUAGAUGCAUAAGUAUUAUCGGACUAAUGGUGUUUCACAUUUUAUUUGUUGUAUUUUAUUAUGUCAUAUAAAUGAACUCAUCAUUUGUAAAAGUAUUUUCGAACCUGCUAUAUAUACACCGUUCAUUUUAAUAAAAUAUUUUAUUAUAAUGUUA